GUGGGCUGUACUAGUGGAUUUUUUCGGAGGGGGUAAACACACACACACACAUAUCUCGCUUUAAAAUGCAAAAUAAUAAACAUGUAGCAGUCUCGACAGGUUUGAUACAUGCCAUAACACAGAUGUUGCGCAAGAGGGAUCGACUGAUCUAAAAGGUUAUGGAUUCAAACCUUCCUCGUUUGAUCGUCUUCAUCUUGAUUGGCUGUGUCAAAUGCUCUCCUGAUAACCACCAGCACAAUGGCACCCGCCACUAUGAUUACUGUGUGCUCGGAGCUGGGCCUUCAGGACUGCAGAUGGGAUAUUUCCUCUCCAAGGCUAAAAGAGACUACAUCAUCUUAGAGAGGAACUCUGUGCCGGGCAGCUUCUUUAACAAGUAUCCCAGGCACAGGAAGCUCAUUAGUAUUAAUAAGAUCUACACAGGAAGGCACAACCGAGAGUUCAACAUGCGCCAUGACUGGAACUCGCUGCUGAGCAAUAAACCCGACCUCCUGAUGAGAAGACUGAGCAGAGAGUUUUUCCCAUCAGCUGAUACCUUCCCAGAAUAUCUGUCCAUGUAUGAGAAGGAGCUCGGGCUGAGGGUCCAGUAUGGUGUGGACAUCGGAAGGAUCAGGGCAGUGGAGUCGGCCACGGGCAGGAACUACAUCCUGACUGAUCAACAUGCGUCACACUACAAAUGCAGCGUCCUUCUGGUAGCCACAGGUUUGUGGGUUCCUCAGAAGGUAGAGUUCGUCGGUUCUGACCUGGUUGAAGGCUAUGAGUCCAUCUCCACUAAUCCUGAGGACUACAAGGACCAGGCCGUACUUAUUCUGGGAAAGGGCAACUCGGCUUUUGAAACAGCCCAGAGCAUCUUGGGAAGAGCAAGUCGGGUGCACAUGCUCAGCUCGAGUCCUGUUCGACUGGCUUGGCAAACACAUUAUGUUGGAGAUCUCAGAGCUGUGAAUAAUGAGCUAUUAGACACUUAUCAGCUGAAGUCUCUUGAUGGGUUGGCGGAAGCACGCUUGGAAAAAAUAGCUAUCUCUCAACGAAAGGAGAAAGGAAGGAGGAGAUCAGGCGCAAAGAAUAAUGAGAAGGGACAAUUGUACCUGACUUUAAGGAAGUACGUGCAACACCAGGAAGAGAAGAACAGCUCUGAUGUGACAGAAGAAGAAAUGGCAGGUCAUCACAUCGACAACUUCUCUAUGCGAAAGCCCUACGACAGAGUGAUUCGGUGUCUUGGAUUCCGAUUCAACUUCAGCGUAUUUGACAGCUCUGCCUGCCCAAUGAACAGUGACAAUGCAAAAGGGAGGUUGCCGGCUGUGUCAGCCGUGUAUGAAGGGAAGAACAACCCUGGCUUGUUUGUGCUGGGAACCGCUGCUCACUCCCGAGACUACCGCUCAUCUGCUGGCGGCUUUGUCCAUGGUUUCCGUUACACAGUGCGAGCUGUACAUCGUGUACUUGAACAGCGUUACCAUAGUAACCGGUGGCAAUCGACAACACUAUUGACAACGCAGCUGCAGUCCUGGAUUCUGAAGCGGAUCGGCGAGGCCUCUGGGCCAUACCAAAUGUUUGAAGUGCUUGGCGAUGUUAUACUUCUUCGAGGCUCUCACUGUGAAUACGUUGAAGAGUUUACACUCCAGGCCUUGCCUCAGUUCUCCUCUGUCUCGGGCCAUGAGGUCUCCAACCAGGGACUGAUAGUUCUAGUCAUGCAGUACGGGAAGCAGAAGAUAGACUAUCUGGGGCGGAACAGGGCUGAAACAGACUGGACCAAAGCUUAUAAAUCCAACUUUCUGCACCCUGUUUUAUACUACUAUGAUAAACUUCCUACCGAGGAAGAAAUGAAGCUCCGUCCUCAUGGCUGGCCGUUACCAAGGCCCAAGGCAAUCCACCACAUGGUUGAGGACUUCCUUGCAGAAUGGGAUACUCCCAUAUCUCACAUCCAGCCACUGCGACGCUUCCUGGAGCACUGUGUCCAGACUGACCUCAGGGCCUUCUAUGCAGAAACAUGUUUCCGCUCAUCCCUUACCCAUCGCAAGCCGCCACUGUUUUGUCAGCAAGGAUACUUGAAGCAGCAGGGUGUCGCUCACGACAGUCAGCUGAGGCAGCACGUUCAUAACGCUGGACUGAUGGCUACUGAGCAAGAUGCAGAAACAUUAGGGACUGAACCCGCAUUCCCCAACUACCUGGCACAAGCUGGAGCCUCCAUGUCUUCAGGACUGAAACUUGACUUCUGAUUGUUUUACUCAAGCGUGUUAAAGCUACGCCUAAGAUUCUGUUUAAAGGGCGGGUCCAAUAUUUGUAUUAUUAUUAUUUUUAGGUUUUUAUAUAAUUCUUCUUCACAUAGGUGUUGCUUAUAUAUUCAAAGCUGAAAAUUCUAAUUUUGGUUGAAU